CGCUUCGUGCACUUACUUCACCCUCCCUGCAGGAGAUACAGCCCGUAUCCGGAGCUCGACUCCGAACCCCAUUCAGGCCGCGACCAUGGCCGACUCAUCAAGUAUGGAAAAGAACGACAUCCUGCACAAGGAGGCAUUGCACGAGGAUGCCGACCUCGGCAAAGAGGAGGCCAUGCAUUUCGGCGUGUUAACGCCGGAAGAGAAGGUCAUCGAGAAAAAGCUCAGGAGGAAGAUUGACACCUUGAUCAUGCCGUUGGUCGUACUGGUGUAUCUGAUGAACUACAUUGAUCGCAACAACUACGCUGCAGCCAAACUUCAAGGACUGAUGGAGGAUCUGGGUAUGAGUGAUACCGAGUACCAACUGGGCUUGAGUAUAUUGUUUGUUGGCUAUGUUCUCAUGCAAGUUCCAUCCAAUCUGCUCCUCAAUUACUGCGGCCGGCCGGCCUGGUACCUGGGAUUCUUCAUCGUCUCAUGGGGUCUGGUCUCCACCCUGACUUGUCUAGUCAAAACCCCUGGUGCUAUCAUUGCAUGUCGAUUCAUUCUCGGCGUCGUUGAAGCGCCCUUCUUCCCUGGUGUCUUGUUCUACCUCUCGAAGUGGUACACGAAAGAGGAGCUCAAUCUGCGCAUGUCCAUCUUCUACUCUGGAUCUCUGAUCUCUGGAGCUUUUGGCAAUCUGAUUGCAGCGGGAAUCUUAAACGGACUAGACGGGACACGAGGCCUGUCGGCUUGGCAAUGGCUGUACAUCAUUGAAGGCGUAAUCACAGUCGCUAUCGGAUUUGUGGUGGCAUUCCUGCUGCCAGACUUCCCAGAUACCUGGAGACUGCUUACUCCGGAGAUGAAAGCGGUUGCCAAUCGCAGAAUGGCACUCGAUGCGCGUGAAGCUGAUGUCGAUGUUGGUGGAGGCAUGUCUCAACUCCAAGGGCUCAAAGCCGCUUUCACCGACCCGAAGACGUACAUUCUCUCUUUGGCCUAUCACGGUAUCACUGGAGCAGCCGGAUUUCAGAACUUCUAUCCGACGCUUACAGCAUCUCUCUAUCCAAACCUGACGGGCUUCACGCUUCGGGUCAGAUCUCUGCUGCUCUGUGCACCGCCUUACAUUUUCACAGUCUUCUGGUCACUCUCGCACGGUCUCGCUUCCGACAAGGUGGGCAAUCGGUUUUGGUUCUAUAUCUAUCCGGUUCCAAUCGUGAUAGCUGGUGCGCUAGUCUUCAUGUUUACAGACUCGUUUGGAGGUCGAUACUUCAGCCUGUUCAUGCUCAACGCCAUAUUCGUCAUGAACGGGACAAUCUAUGCAUGGAUUGCCAACGCCAUUCCACGUCCGCCAGCGAAGCGCGCUGCUGCAUUGGCAUUCAUGAACAGCGUUGGAAACGCCGCAAGCAUAUGGACGCCAUUCACUUACGGAUCUGAGGAUGGUCCCCAUUACAUUGUUGCCAUGGGCAUCAACAUUGCUCUUGUCGGAAUUGCUGGCAUCUGCGGUAUCAUCAUGAGAUUCUAUCUGCAAUACCAGAACAGACAGCUUGAGAGAAUGGAAAAUGAGGAUAUGACUCUCACACCCAGAGACAUCAAGAAGCUCGAGAAGACAGCUGAGCUGGAGCACUGCACAGUGGCUGAAGCACGAGCACUGCAGAAGGGUUAUCGGUACAUCAUCUAGACGAUUUCGUCAAUGUACAUGGUUGCCAGAUAAGAGUCACUCCCUGUCAAUGCAAUGCACAACAUACUAUAAUCAAUGCAGCUGCUUACCACCAUUCAUGCUUUCCACUCACUUUGCUCUGUGGCUCUUAUCUUGCCACUUCCUGUGUACCAACGCGGGUUGGUCAUUCAGAAGGCAGGGCGCUUCAGCCAAGGAUUGUGGUCAACAAGUUCUUGCCCUGUGCUGGUGAAGCCUGCACUUUGACGUGUCGAGCAAGAGCAUCGGCAGUGUGGAAGAGGAAUUCGCCAUUCGAAGCAGGUGACAGGAAGUAGGAAGGAAGCAGAAAGCAGAAAGCAGAAAUGGAUGCCCACCUCAUGGAAUCAACAAACGCCUCAAAGGUACAUGUACCUACAUACCUAAACUUGGGAAGUACCUACCUGUAGGUACUUCUACUCCCACUCUCAUCCCCGAUCUUUACAUAGGUACAUACCUUACGGUACACAGAUACCUGACCUUGAGCAACUUUACAGGUAUCAUCAUAACCUGUAUUCCUCACAAUUCGCUUGCCAAAUGCGUCCAAACUUCAAGCAAUACCUACCCAUGGAGCCGAGUGAAGUCGGCGGAGCCAGGUUGGUGGUGGGACCACCUCAGAUCAGCACCACGCGUCUGCUGGACCCAGAGCUCGAGGAAGAUGCGCUGCAGUCCGAGGAAGCGUUACAGUCGGGUUUAGCUGCGUUAACCAAUGGAAGUCGAAUGGACAAGUAUGAUGCGAGUUCUGAAAGUGGCGCCGCGUUGUCCGAUGGUGACUCCAGUGAGGACACUGAUAUGAGGGCGAGUUUUGACGGGGUCUUGAUGUUCGAUAAGAAGGCUGUGAUGUCUAAUGGCGAGGGAACGAAAAAUGGUCAUGGGACGAGCAAUGGCUGUGGGACGAGCAAUGGUCAUGGGACGAGCAAUGGUCAUGGGACCAGCAAUGGUCAUGGAGCCAGCAAUGGCCAUGGAACCAGCAAUGGUCAUGGAACCAGCAAUGGCCAUGGAACCAGCAAUGGCCAUGGAACCAGCAAUGGCCAUGGGACGACCAAUGGCAAAGCGACGUCUAACGGUGAUACCACAUCCCAUGGACACCACAUGGGAGAGUUCCCGGUCUAUGGCAACCCGACGCCCACCAAUUUCAGGCUUACCACCUACGACCUCACGGUCCCAAUCAUGAUCCGCAGUCUCCAGCGACUCCUGGGGUGUCUCAAGAAAGGCGAGCAGUGGGCCAAAGACAACAACAGGAGUAUAGAAGAGAUGCUCCAUGCUCGCAUCUACCAGGGGGCGAAGCCCCUAGCAUUCUACAUCAUUGGUGCAAGCAACA